GGCGAUCGACGGAUGGAGAAGAACGAAGCUUUUCAACUGGCAACAGGUCGAGUACUGCCAGCGGCCAUUCAGCCAGAGCUGGAAAAACCCGAAAGAUACGCCAUCGGUAACGUCGUCUAUCACUCCGCAAAGCCCACGAUUGUCUCCUGGCGGAAACAGAACCUGCGUUUCGCCGCGACAGUGGACGGCGGCGAUCCUGUUAGUCUGAGUAGUAUUCUCGCUCCGGAAUGCACUAGACUGCUGGGCCAGGUACGCCCCCAAUCCACCCUCUUUUCCAACACCGGAGGCCGGAACACGACGAGAGAGUUUCGGACGCAGCGAUCAGGCCGGCCCCAUCUCACGGUGAGGGCCAGCUUCGGCGCCAUCUACCAAACCACGUCCAAUCUAUUGGGCAUUCUGGACUCGACAUCGGGUAGGCUCAAGCUGGACCUGGGGAGUCCAGUAGUGCAGAAGGUGCUGGAGAACGGAGGCGAAUUUUUCGUCGUCUCAACUGUGUAUGAGGCUGAGAAGCUGGAAAUAAGCGAGAAGGAAGACUCAGAUCUAGCAAAAUGGGAGAAUGUGGUCUCAAAACCCGACAAGACUGUGCUGGGGUUUCUGCUGGUGCGACUGUCAGUGGGCAGAGACGGAGUCCUCAAGCCUGUGUGGCACAGAGGAUAUACCCCUCACUCUGUGGAAGAAUCGCAGGAUGGUUCAUCUGCACCAGGAACGGAAUUGGAGGAAGUUGAUUCAGCCUAUCCUUAUGCCUACCGUCAGUGUGGCCGUAGGGAGCAACAAGUCUUCCAGAGCGACACAUAUGCUGGUGUAAUAGAUGAAGUGGCAGUGUUUGUUAAAGCCCUGACAGCAAAUCGUACCCUACAAAGGGAGUUUAUUGAAAUUGUGAAGAAACCAAGACGUGCCCUUAUACAACUCAGUCAGGAACUACAGGCCCGACAGGAGAGGUUAGUGAGACACUCUGGAGAGAAGGACAGUGAGACCUUGUUCCCAGAGCUGAUGUCACAGCUGUCUCCCGAGGACCUGGACCAGAUGAAGGCACUUGGCAUAGCCACUGAAGCCUUCAAAGAGCUUUCACCGGCUACCUCUAAUAGAAUCCUGUCCCUGACUGACGAAGAGAAGAAGACUCUCUUUGAUCUGUUCAAGGAGCUGCCACUGGGCUCCUCGGCACACACCUUCUCCAGACCAGCUCUCCCAACCUCUCACGACCUCUUCACUACGAUUCUGGAGAAGAUUGGGUUUGGAGCCAGCGGAGGGCGACUCAGCUACGAGACUGAGGAAUCUGGCACCGACCUUGUGGCAGUGACCAUCACUGCCAUCCAGGCCUGCUCUAGGGCCACACAAUGUGGACUGGCAGCAUGUGGCAAGAAGCUCCUGAGUGUCCUACCCUACAUUGGAGAUGACGAGGACGAGAACAGUGAUGCCGAUUUCGAGGCCCUCCGACAAGGAGCCAGGCAGAUCAUCCAGCUGAUUGUUCCCGUCACCCUCUGCAUGGCCGUUGUUGUGAUAUUUGAACUGAGCAUCGUUCUUCAAGAGCAAGAAAAUAAUGAGUACUUUGUGUACACGCCAUUCAACGAGAACAAGGCAAGCAGUGGAGGCCAGACGUUCCUCUUUGCCCUGAUUAAUGCUCUCAUCGUGGUGGCGAUAGUGGUGGUCAUGACAGUCAUCCUUGUUUGCCUCUUCAAGUAUCGCUGCUACAGGGCUAUACAGGUGUGGCUUCUCGUGGCAUCUGGGUCUCUGCUGUUUUUCUUCUCAACACUCUACUGUGUAGAGAUACUAGAGGUUCACAAUCUAGCCAGUGAUUGGUUCUCGUUUGUUUUUCUCAUCUGGAACUUUGGGGCGGUUGGUCUGAUAGUCAUCCACUGGAAGGGACCUCUGCGUCUCCAGCAGGCCUAUCUCAUCCUCAUCAGUGCUCUCGUGGCUACAAGAUUCCUCAAGUACUUGCCACCAUGGACAACUUGGGUGCUCUUGGGUGCCAUUGCAAUCUAUGAUCUGGUGGCAGUUCUCUGUCCGAAAGGACCACUGCGUGUCCUGGUGGAGACAGCCAGAGAGAGGAAUGAACCACUCUUCCCAUCUCUCAUAUAUUCCUCAACGAUGGUGUGGAUUGUGGGCAUGGCUGACAGGGAGGACCAGUCAAAAGACAAAGACAAUACUACAACAGGUGCGAGUGGAGGAGGAGGUAGCAGCAGUGGUGGAGCUAGUGCUGAUAACCCUCCCAGUGGCAGUGCUGAUCAUCCUCCCAGUGGCAGUGAUGAGGAUGACGAGGAGGAGGAGGAGGAAGAGGAACCUCGUGGGUUCAAGCUGGGACUUGGAGACUUCAUAUUCUACAGUAUCCUUGUUGGAAAAGCUGCUCAUGACAGUGAGGGUGACUGGGUCAUCAUAUCCUCCUGCUUUGUUGCCAUACUCAUCGGACUGUGCAUGACUAGUCUGAUACUGGGAAUUGUCCGUCGAGCCCUCCCAGCUCUGCCGAUAUCUAUCUUCUUUGGACUGCUCUUCUAUUUCUCAUCUCAGUAUCUCAUUGCUCCAUUUGCCAGUGCACUGGCUACGACACAAGUAUUUAUUUGAUCAAGUACUCUACCACUGUUGUAUGAGUUGAUGGUCGCACUUUUCCUUCUAUAGUGACAGUAGCAUAAUUAUGUUGUCUCGAUAGUUCAUUUUGUGUGUUGUGAUCACUUGGAGUCUGUAUUUUUAAACAUUGUUUUGUGUGCCCUGAUGCCCCAAAUCAUGCAAUUAUUCAUGCAACCACGAUUCCAGAAGCAAGAGCAGCACAUAUAAUUCCACUGAACUGCACUAGUAGGACGUGUAAAAAUUGGAACAGGUGGCCACAGUAACGACGCAAGUUUGCGCGCGUCCCCGCCGGCUAGGCUUACGGAAGUAUGUC